UUAAAAAUUGAAUGUUUUGUUUGUUUUUCUUGUUUCUUGUUUGGUUUGGUUUGAUUUUGAUUUUGCCCUUUGGCAAUGUCAUCAUCUACUUCAUUAUCAAACGAAAUUUCUGUCGUCAGAAAUUCCGUUGAAUUUAUCUAUGACGAUGUGGAUGAUGAUUUUGAUGAAAUUGAAACAAUAUUCGAAUGUUAUCGACCAUCAACAAUGGCCGGCCACAACAACAACAACGAUAAUAAGAAACGAUCAUUCAAUCAACACGAUAAUGAUGAAAUAUUAUUGCUCAAAGAAUUUAUACCGGCCAAAUCGAAUACAAAUCAUUCGAAUGAUGUAAUUUUUAUCGAAUCAAUUUCAUCAAGCAAAAAUCAUUAUGAUCAUCAUCAAAUUACGAACAAAAAAUCUCAAUCACGAAUCGAUGAUUAUUUUCGACAGUUUAGCCAAGGAAACACGAUUCGUGGACACGAAAAUCAGCCGAAAUCUGUGAUAAAUAAAUCAAAAAUGGUUGAAAAUCUUUCACUGUUGGAUCCACUUUUAGAAACACUUGAUCCAACACCCGAUUUACAAUGUUUAUUCAAAGAAUUUGAUGAAAAAUUUUUCGAAAACCAUCUUGGUAAACAGAAAAAUUUUCAAAUUGUUUGGUGUAAUCGUCUGACAACAUCAGCCGGUAUAUUUACUGUUGGUUAUUUUGGUAAACGAAAUGGUGAACGUCGUUAUAGACAAGAAAUACGUUUAUCAUCGAAAUUAUUAUCAUUACGACCACGAUCGGAUUUAAUCAAUACAUUAUUACAUGAAAUGAUACAUGCUUAUAUUUAUUUUGCACGAAUCAAUGAUAAUGGAUCACAUGGUCAAUGUUUUCAGGAAUUUAUGUACAAAAUUAAUCAUUCGGCUGGAACAAAUAUUACGGUUUUUCAUACGUUUCAUGAUGAAGUUAAAUAUGCUCAGAAGGAUUUGGUUGAACAACGAAACAGAAACAAACGAAUCAAGAAAAAUAAUCAACAACAACAACAACAAAUAACCGAUGGAAAUAAUCAAUCAGUAUUGGAUGGUUGGUUAAUACGUCCGGAUAAUGAUCAUCAUCGAAAACCAAAGAAAUUCUUUACCCUAAACUAAUUACUGUGAUUAAACUUUGAUUUUUUACUUGUGUUUUUU